UCAGAUUAAAUGUUAUAUACAAAAUAUAUUAUAGUUUGCAUAGAUUGUGUAAUAGAGGUGUAAGGAUUGGGUUUCUUUGGGUUCCAGCACAUGUGGGUGUAGAAGGAAAUGAGGAUGUGGAUAUACAGGCAAACCUGCCAUUGAAAUUACAAUCAGUUGAUUUACAGAUACCGUUAAGCAAAGCUGAAGUUAAGAGCAUUAUUAAUAGUCAAAUCCAGAGAAUAUGGCAGGAGCACCAGGGACAUCAGCGAAGGCAUCUUUAUAACAUUCAAAGGCAUCUUGGUCAUGGGAGGAGAGUGGGUAGGAACCGGACAGAAGAGAUAAUAAUCACCUGUCUUAGGUUAAGUCACACAGGUCUUAAUAACACUCUGCAGCUGAGAGGCAAGCACUCAAACGGACAGUGUGUGCACCUCAGUGAACCCGAAUCAGUUCAGCAUGUAUUGUUAGCGUGUAGGGCCUAUGGCCGGGACAGGAAGGAACUGAUGGACACUUGUUUAGAUUAAAUUCACAUUGGAGUGCUUUCUUGAAAAGGCCAGUUGAUGAAAUUUGUGAGGAGAAGGGGUUUAACAAACAAACAAAAAAAAAAAAAAUCUAUGUUUAUUUUGGUCCAAAUCUUGAUCCAAAUCCAGUCCAGUAGGUGGCGGUAAUGCACCUCUAAGCUGGUCUGCCAACCGCCAUUAAAACCAAAAGAACAAGAGACAGAAGUUGAUUUCGAUGUGUAACUGACGCGCUUCCUACAGAUUAUCGGAAAUUUGCCCUCUGGUGGCAGACAUGGAGGGACCGUCCGCUUGCUCGGACGCGUCUCUGCGGCUGACGGGAAGGAGAGACUCCGGCGGGGAUACAGAGGCGGACCCGAGCCGGGACAUGAAACACUUUCGCGUCUGUCGCUUCAUCAUGGAGACAGGAGUGAAACUCUGCAUGCGCUCGGUGCCCGUGGCCACAGCGUGCCUGCUGUACCAUCGUUUCUUUGAGGGGGUCAGCAUCCAUGCGUAUGAACCGUACCUGGUAGCCAUGAGCUGUGUGUACCUUGCUGGUAAAGUGGAGGAACAGCACAUCAGGACCCGUGACAUCAUCAAUGUAAGCCACAGGUAUUUCCACAGUGGCAGCAGUCCUUUAGAAUGUGACAAGGAGUUCUGGGACCUGAGGGACAGCGUGGUGCAGUGUGAGCUCCUCAUCCUCCGACAGCUCAACUUCCAUGUCUCCUUCGAACACCCUCACAAGUAUUUGCUCCACUACCUGCUGUCUGUCAAGUCACUUGUGAACCGUCAUGCUUGGUCUCGAACCCCCGUGGCUGAAACUUCCUGGGCACUGCUUAGAGACUGUUACCAUGGAGCCAUGUGCAUCCGCCACACACCCCAACACAUCGCCAUAGCAAUGCUGUACCUGGCUCUAAACAGCUACGGAGUGGAAAUCCCUGCUGGGGAGAAAGAGUGGUGGCAGGUGCUGUGUGAUGACGUGACCAAAGCGGAUAUCGACGCUGUGAUCGCAGACCUUCUUCAGCUCUACGACAUGGAGGCCAAGUGUAUCUGAGCGACACACCUACAAGACCGUCACUAUUUAUUUAUUUUUAGAUGUUGUUUUGUUUUCCAUCUGUUUUUGUGCGGCAAAAAGCUGCACGUUAUACUGUACAUAGUAAAUGAACUGGUACUUGCGUAGCUAUUUUGAGUACUCAAAGCGCUCGUGUUCAGGUGUGCCUGAGGUCGAACAGCACUGAGUGUAUUGGUCCAUUUAGUUAGCUGACAAACAUGCAUGCACUACUGAUUCCUGCCACUGUGGGGCGCUCUGAUCCACUGUUGAACACAUCAUAAGCACCUCAAAACAUCCUGAUUAUCAGGACUACUGAUCUUUUCACAGGUGACAUUUUUACUACAGAUGCUAAACUCAUUCUGGAGUAGGAUAGUACUAUACCGUAAUAAUAUUGGUGAGGUUUUAGACUUGAGAGCACUGUGCAAAAUAAAUCUGCACUGGCACAUACCCCAGCUACUACAGAGCAGGUACACUGAGCAGGUUGCUAGUUUGUUGUAGGGCUACCAAAUUUCCAUGUAUUCACACAUUUUCAAACAUGUUUCAUACAUGUUAUGUAUUAGUUUAGGAGCUUUUGCAAUUUAAAGGCAAUUUAUUCUGCCUUUCCUAAUUUUCUGUCUUAAAUGCAGUGUUACACAGGAGAGAUGUUAAACCCGUGAGUGGGGUUGGGUGUAGUGCUCUCCAGUAACUUAACUGCUACACUUACAUGAGCGAGCUGAGUAAGUGUAGCUGCGUACACAGGAGAGACGAGGGAGGAUAUUUCCCUCUUCCAGCAUGAAGAGAGUAACAUGUCUAUAUACCAGAGGAGAGAUGACCUCAUUCACUUAACAGUAUGAUAAGAAAUGACUUAGCCUAACUGAAAUGGACCGAUAUGGGCUGAAUAGGUGAAACAGUAAGACGAUUUUCAACUGGUUCUUUUUUCCCUUUUUUUUUUCUUUUAAAGUAUAUUUUUUUCAAGCUGUUUUUAUAUGAAAUGGAAAGCAUGUGCUGAUAAAGGUUGGACUGGAUUGUAACUGCCUAAAAUAAAAAUGCAAACAAAUCCAGCUGCUUGUAUCUGGGACACAUGGGCAGAAAUCCUGAACGCUUAGACCUCAGACAGGUUUUCUACUCUUAGCUCUGGAUGAUGUCCCUAAUAUAGUCGUCUCAGGCACACUGGCUGUGAGCACAUAAGCCUCACCCACCUGACCCAGACUUUACUUGAACAGAAGAAUUUGGACUGUUUACACUGGUCAACAAUGAUUUUGCUACCUGGAGAAAAAUACCUGAUAUAAGGCAUUUCAGGUGUGCUGAUUCCAAAUCUAUAAUCAGAAUUUCUCUAGCA